GCAUAGUUGUUGUAAAGUUGAUCUCUAUUCAGAUAUUCAAUUUCUGUCCAUAAUUUGAAAUAUUUGCCUUCUCCUAGGGCCAUCCAAUGCCAAGAGGUACUGAUUGAUUCAAAGUUCCUCACAUUCCAAUAUCCAAGUAGACCAAGUGCAUCCAAUUCUAAGAAGAUUGAACAUCUCAGGUAUAUUUUAUUAAACCUCAGCUUCUGUAAAAACUUCCCAUCCAUCACCACCAUCACCAUAUUAGUUAGCACAUUUAUCUUUUUGUCAAUUCAGACUUCAAAGCAACACCUGAAAUCAAAUUUGUCAAUUUAUAUGGUAGUCCCUGGAUGUUCCCUUUUUUUGCAGGGCAAUACAUGAGUAAUACUUCUAGGUAAUCUUUUUUUCUGUUUUCUGAAAAUGUUGAAUUCAUGUUUCAUAAAAGAUGUCAACAAUUGACCAUACAACAACUUUUAUUCUGCUCCCUUUUUCUAGACCAGCUUAUGUGAGAAUGAUCCAAUUAUCCAAACAUGGAUCUAUUGAUUUCACAUACUUAGAGAUGAGUACAGGUUAGAACUAUUUUAAAUUACCAGCACAUGAAAUCUAUUGCAUUCUUCAUUUGAUGGUGUUUUUAGUUAUCAUACUCUCUCUCAUCCUAUCUCCAUUUUAUCAAUUUUGCAGAACUUGGCCUUAAACUCAGUGUCACUCUGUAAAUUGAAGCAGAAGAAGGAAUUAUGUCAUACAUGACUUUUAAGGCAUGGAACCUUAAGUGGUAAUAGAUUAUAUUCUUUUCAUGAGGAAGUCACUUGACAAAGCAAAAAUGUAUCGACUCUAGCUGCAGUUGUGCAAACUUCAGUUGUCAGUAGACGGUCCCUUACUUGAGUAUCACAGCCUCAUUUCCAGUUAGCGUAAACCACAUUCUUUCAGAGAGAUAGUUAAAGGAUGAGCAAUUUUGUGCUAUAGGCUCAAGAUUUUGUUCUGGAUGGCAACAUCUUCAAUAGGAGAGACUUACUACGUGACAAUGGCUGCUACAUUUCAAUCAUCUACCAUUUUGAUCCCAAUGGCAGUAGAAUUAUAUGAGUUAUGAGUUUUGAUAUAAGAUUUGGUGAACAGAGCUUCUACUGAAGAUAUGGUGAAAAAAAAAAUUCUAGAUGUUUGUUUGUACUUUGAUAUUCACAUGGUGAAGUAUUCUCCUAAUUCUGUCUGUACACUAAAUCUGUUUCUUUAAACUUCUUUGAUUAUCUGUUUUCGUAUCUAAUGGUCAUGCCGUACCUCAUGUCUAAAACACUAUCUGUAAUGGUGCACUCUUUUGGGUGUUGAAGUUUAUAUAUCCAAUGAAAGAUGUUGCUUGCA